CCAAACGCCAUUCUGCCGGGACUCGAAAUCCGGUCCCCACCUCCCCCAGUCUCGACAUGCCAUUUUGUCUUCCCAGCUAGCCAAUCUGCCUUGCUCAGGGGCAAGGCGGGCCGUCAAGCCGUUGUUCGGGUCCCUUACCAUCGAUUCCCGAGGUUCAGACCUCAGGUCCCCCCGGAUCUCGAUAUCUUGCCAUCAGCCAUGCAGGCUCUUGUCCGCCUUAUCCUACUGGAUGCUUCUUCGCCAAACAUUGUUGCCACUGAGCAAAAUUCGAAGCAGCCGCAUGCAGCCUUUUAUAUCUCUCAUUGCCGACAAGCUCAGGUUGUCGAUCCCUUGCGGGACCGGAAAAUCACUGGGUAUUGUACUUGUCCAUCAUCUGAGACGAUGAUGACAAGCCAAGCCCCUCCACCAAAACCGGGGUCGUCGGACUGGCCCCCCAUGCUCCCAAUCGCACGGUUGGGGUUUCUUUCAACAGGGUCCACGGAAUGGCCAAUGGGGGACGUUGCCAAUUCCGCUGCUCCGUCUGGAUCACUGGUGGGUUCUCCCUAA